AUUGUUGCUAGGUUAUGAAUUAUUGUCGUGUCCUCGACUCCUGUAGGAGAUGUAAGAAAGGAAAGCAUAAAUAAAAAGGAAAAAGGAUGGCAACAGGCGGGAAUGACAGAUCGUCUCUUCACCAUAAACACACGAGCGGGUACAAACAAAAACUGUUCGAGAAAAGAAAACACCUAAAGCAACAUGUAGGUGACCAAAAACAAACGAAAACAGUGGAACAUCUCUCAGAGACUGUGCUUAAUGGAUUCGAGGUGCUAUGGCGCCAAAAUUUUCUCUGUGACGUAGCUGUUAUAACUAAAGACAGAAAUUUCCGCGCUCACAAGCUCGUGCUUGUAUCGUGUUCAGACUACUUUUACGAUCACUUUGUUGAAAAACGUGAUCUUACCCACGGGAAUGAGUUGGUCAAUCUAGGCGAUCUGGACUCAGCCAUAUUUGAAGCAAUUCUAGAAUGCAUGUACACCGGGAAAAUCAAUCUUACGGAAGGGAACGUGGAGGAAAUUUUACGGAUUGCUACAAGUCUAGGUUUUUUCCUCAUCCAGGACGCAUGCGAGGAAUUCUUUUCGGACCAUUUAGAUCUGAAGAAUUGUCUAAAUAUGCUGGAUACUGCGUUCAGGUUCAGUCUAAACAGGCUCAGCGAUAAAGCCCUUGGUCUCUCUGCGAAGAACUUCCGGACAGUCACAAAGAGGCAGAAGUUCAAAGAUCUGCCAAUGGAACAAGUCGUGGCGCUUUACAAAAGAGACGACCUUGACGCAGAUCAUGAACUUGAAGUUUUCACAAACAUGAUUGAUUGGAUAGAGCAUGACAAACAGGCUAGGCGUCCACAUGCGUCCAACCUACUAGCCACUAUCAGACUUCCGCUGUUGACCCCGGCAACCAUUGUAGACUCGGUAGAAUCCGUGUCGUUCUUGAUGGACAUUCCGGACUGUCAGACGCUUGUAAAGGAGGCACUCCACUACCACUGUAUGCCAUCAAGACAAAGUGUGCUUCAAUCACCAAGGACAAUCCCUCGUAGAAAAAUCAAGGUGCUCAGCCUUCUCACGAUUGGCGGCGCCCCGAGAUUGAAGUCGGAACAAGUGAGUGCUGAGGUGAGGCGGUACAAUUUCGAGGGUAAGGCAUGGGACACACUGACGGAUCUUCCUGAACCACGCCACCACCAUGCAGUUGCUGUCCUUGGAGGGUUCAUGUAUGUUGCUGGCGGCGAAAAAAUCUACACCAACACCACUCCAACUGACACUGUGUUCCGGUUUGAUCCACGGCACCACACUUGGCUCCAAGUCGCUAGCAUGAAUCACAAGAGACAAAGCUUCCCUAUGCUGGUACUUAAUGGAAUGCUGUUUGUACUCGGUGGACGAGAAGAUGAAUUCAAGGCGCUUUCAUCCGUAGAGAAAUACAAUCCGCAGCUGGACAGAUGGGAGGAGGCCCCGCCUCUAAGUAGCCCUCGUCGAUGUGUGUCGGCGGCUGUCCUCAAUGGACGGCUAUACACCGCAGGUGGCACUGGUGGUGGUACAAAUACGUAUACUUUAGAUGUCGUGGAAUGUUACAGCCCUGCAAAUAACAAGUGGAACCCAAAAAAGCCUAUCCAAGAGGCGAGAUACUUUGCCCAUUUACUCCCGGUGAAAGGCUCGUUGUAUUUAUUUGGUGGAGCUUGUGUUGGAAACAUGGGGAAGAUUUCCUGUGUUGAAUCAGUCGAAAAGUAUACUCCAACGACUGACACUUGGGUCACAUUGACAAGUAUGAGGAAUCCUCGUGCCGAGUUUGGCUGUGCCUGUCUAGGAAGCAAAAUCUAUGUGGUUGGUGGCCACAACUGGUCAACGAAGGAACGGCUAAGUAGUGUGGAUAGUUUUGACGUUGAUUCGCAAAUCUGGAGUGACGCUAAUACCGUACCAAUCCUAGCCCCGUUGACAGGCAUCGCGUGCUGUGCUCUCACGCUUUUUGAUGCUAUGCCUCCAGAGCAGAAGAAAAAAACGGAAGAUGCUAAACGCGAAAAGGGUAAAGAAUGAUGGACACAUAUUUUAACUAAGCCGUUUGCUUUUACAUAUAUGUUAUAGCAUGGACAACAUUCUUACACAAAUCUGUCAAUACAAAUGUAUCGUUUUAUCCCUGUUUAAAUGCUUGACGGGUUAGAUGAUCAAUGAUUGAUCACGUAAUUAACUUUUUUUUGUUAUAUUGAAAUUAAUAUUAUUCUUAAAUGUGCCAACUUCUUAAUAAAGUUAUUUUA